AGAUAUAAUCUGAUAAUGUAAUUAACCAUUUGAUACACCUCUAUCUAUGUAACUGUUUUACAAAUUCAACUCUAGCAAAUAUGUUUGAAAAUCAUCCGACCUUCAAUUGAAUGUUGUUUGAUCAGUCAUUACAUUGUAUAUGUAUCUUCAAAUUUCAACGUAAAAAAUGGACUUGGCUAAUGAUGGAACCAACGAUGAAAGAGAUGCCCAUAAGAAAUCUGAGGUAUUCCAUAUCUCUGGAAAUCACCUUAGUCAAGGUGUAAUCAGCAACACAACACCUGAGCUUCCCACUGGUCAGCCAGCAGUACCGAAAAAAGUAAACAAAAUGCAACGAUUGAGAAAUAAUAUCGGAUUUUGGAUACUUGGACUGUGCAAUAAUUAUGGAUAUGUUAUCAUGUUAUCUGCUGCAUUUGAUAUACUUAGCAGAAAUUUCAAUGAAAAUGAGGACAAGAAAACUGAUCAAGAUGACGAACCAUUUUGUAAUCCCAUGUCUACUGGAGCUAUUUUAAUAGCUGACAUCAUUCCAUCACUGUGCAUAAAACUUUUAUCACCUGUUCUUCCAUUAGGAGCAAACUUGAGAGUUAUUCUCGUGGUUAUAUUCUCAGUAUUAAGCUAUUUGAUGACUGCCCUCUCAUUUGCUAGAUGGGUUUCAUUUUUAGGUGUAAUUUUUGCAUCGGCUUCGAGUGGCUUGGGUGAAGCAACUUUCCUUUCAUACAGCUCGAGAUUCAGUGAUAGUGAUACAAUAUCCUUUUGGUCAUCAGGAACGGGAGGAGCAGGUCUCAUCGGGUCAAUUUCAUAUGCUGGUCUUACUCAGCUAGGUCUUUCACCGCGAGUUACUCUUCUUGUAAUGUUGAUUGUACCAGUCAUUAUGGCAAUCACAUUCUGGAUUGUAUUAGCGCCUCCAAAAAUUGAUGUUGCUACUAUCACUCCACUAAUGCAACCAAAUGAACCAUCUACUGGCGAUGAAAUAAUUUCAUAUCAAACUGUCAGAGAACCCGAAAUCGGACUGACUUUAAGAGAAAAAUCUAUUUUAAUGAAGGGCUUAUUGGGCUUCAUGAUUCCACUUGCUGUAGUUUAUUUUGCUGAAUAUCUCAUUAACCAAGCAUUGUUUGAACUUGUAUAUUUUCCUGGUAUCUGGCUAAGUCAUAAUGAACAAUAUCGCUGGUAUCAAGUUGAUUAUCAGUUGGGUGUCCUGAUUUCUCGAUCAUCUGUCAAAUGGAUAAAAAUUAAAGCCUUAUGGAUCCUUCCUCUGCUCCAAAUCAUUAACCUAUUAUUGGUUUUCGUCGAAGCCCUUAAAAAUUAUCUGCCAAAUAUUUGGAUAAUGCUUUUGAUCGUCUUUUAUGAAGGCCUUCUUGGUGGAGCUGCAUACGUUAAUACAUUCGACCAAAUUUAUCGAAAGUAUGAAGAUAGAGUUCGUGGUUUCUGUUUGGGAGCAGCAUCUAUUGCCGAUGCUUUGGGUAUCACAUUAUCUGGAUUCUCGUCUGUUCUUCUACACAAUGUUUUAUGUGAUAUAAUAUCCAAAAAACAACGUUAAUCAUCUACUGGCUAAGCAUUGAUUGUUUAAUCGAUCUCAUCUCUAUCACAUAUUUUUAAAAAAGGAAAUCAAUCAAACUCUUUGAAUUCCGAGAUGAAAGACCUCCAUUGUUUCGUUUUUAUUGCAUAUAUGUUUUUAAAACAUGCGAAAUUAAUUUAAUUUACUGGUCAAAAUGACAAUAUUAACAUGAGAGCGUCAAGAUCUCAGUUUUGUCCAUUUCAUCGAUCAUUGUUUUUAUUUAAAGUUAAUAAAACAAGCGGAGCCCUCGAUCAUAUUAUAA